UGGGUGCCAUUUUGGUUCCAUUUGAGCUUCUUAGAUGUGUCCUGUUCGUGGAGGUGACCGCGGCAGUUGAUAAACCCGGACGCAAUGGCCUGGUUGCGUGCAGUGAGGACGUUGUGCUCCGCGGCGACAGACACGGCAGUAGCUUCGAGCUCAGGCAGCAGAUGGGAGAGGCUGAAAAACAGCAAAGCGGGUGUGUGGUAUCGCAGCCUGAUCUCUGACUACAAGGAGGCAUCUCGGGAGGUGGUUGUUGGUUCACGGGAGCGACCAGUCAAAGCCUCCGUAUAUGCUUCUUUGCUUGCUGGGACCUGGGCCUGUUUCUACACUAAACCUGACCGCACAUCCUUUGAAGCCACCCUGCUGGAGUGCUCCAACCAGCUGGGCCUUCUGUCACCUUGGAUCCGCAAUGGGACCUCAGAUGGCCACGUAAAAAGUCUAGUGAAGCUUCGUAAUGAGGGCAGGCUCCGCCAUGCCAGUCUGGGUCUUCUCUCUCUGGUUUACCGUGCUGACUACGACCCAGACACCACACUGUAUGAGUCCCAGUGCUCAAAUCUGUCAGUACCCUGGAGGGAGCUCCCCGAGCGGAUGCUGGAUGUGGGCUUUGCAGGCCGCUGGUGGGUGCUGGACUCAAAGAUGAAGGACUAUGAUGUGAAUGAGGAAGAGUUCAAGCACCUUCCAGCACACAUGAAGUUAACAUCAUCACCCAGUGUUGAGGAAGUAGAAAGGAGCGAGAGGUUGCACAAAGAGUCCUGGUUGACACUUAACAUGGAAGAAGGGGAGAAAGAAACAAAUGUCAUGGACAGAAAAAAAGAGAGAGUUGGUUAAGAGAGCAAAAUACUGAAAGGGUAACAAGGUCAAGUGCUAUGUAGACUGCAGGAAAAAAACAUGCUGCAUGCAGUACCAUACAAGGGUAAUUAUUCUCAUAUUUAAUGCGUUAUUGGGUUAAAAAAAACACUUUCAGAUUACAUUUUCAGCCAUGAAGUUGUUUACUAGCAUCAUAAAGGGCCAAGGAAAGAGGACACAUCCACAGCUUUGUCUCAGCAAAGUAAAAGCAGCCCCCUUUAAACACUUGACGUUUAUUUAUUCCUGCCUGGUUUUUUAUUACAAAAUGAUGCAAAUCAUUAACACCUUGAACUACGAGUCAAAUAAAUCUCUCAGUUGUUUAAGUGUUUCGGCUGUUUAAAUAAUAUCUUUGUAUUGUUUUAUUCACUUGUCUCACACCUCUUAAUAACACAUUUACAGACCCACAGCCUUUGCUUUAUCAAGUUAGCAUUAUCAAUGCGAUUACUUUGUCCCCUUCUUUUCAACCUGUCUUGUUGUCUUUUAUUAAAUUUACUGUUUUUACUUA